CAUUUGAAAUGACAAUUAUAUGCCAUAUGACAAGAGUAUGAUGAGCAAAAGAAUCAAGGCAACAAAACCUGAAAACGUCCUUUUUAGAAAAGAUAGAUGGUACUAAGCUAUUGCUAUUGAUGCUUAUUUAGGCAGAAAAAUCUCUUAUGUCAAUAAUAAAUAUAGUAAUACAUAUGGGGAGUUGGAUGACAGUAAUAAGAUUGUUUAUGACACAAUAUUGAUAGCAACAGGAACAGAUCCUGUAGAUCCUCCAAUUAAAGGAAUUGAGAAUCAACCAGUCUUUUAUAUCAAUUCCCUUGACUCUCAUUAAUAGAUGAAGUAAAAACAGAAAAUUAUAAAUGAUCUGAUAUUUUGAUCUUUCUAUCUUAGUCUAUC